AUGAGAAGGAGUCAGAAAAACUUUGUCAGAGAAGGAAUUCAAGCAAUCGAGGAGAUUCCCAAGCAGAAGAGGCAAGUUUGGAGCGUCCCAACCGCCCUCGCACGCCUCGGGCCAGUCGUUUCUCUCGACGCGUCGUCGACCGCCAUUGUUUUUUUGUGCCGCCGCCCUGGCGCUGCGCGUUUACUACUGCUACUGCAUGUUUUUCUUCACCAUCUUGUUCCGUUGAUGUCUUUUUGCCUUCUGAAGCAUCGGAAUUCUCGAGAAGGCGAGUUUCAAUAGUUAUGGUUUUUUUAUGCUUUUGCACUCAAACCUAACAGUAGAAUGAGCAACUUGAACUGCUUCGAAGAAAAGGGGUUCAACCUUGACUCACCGAAAGGUCUUCGAGUACAGUUUAGAAAAAAAAAGAAAACAUGAGUUAAAGAUGCAUUUUUCCAAUUUUCUAAUACUUGCCUAGAGUUUAUCAGGUGGUGAUACCUUCAAAGCAUGCUCCAUUCUUACAUUUAUUUUUGAGAAACAGUUAAAUCUAGAUACAAAAAAACACAUAGCUCCGAAAAAUUUUUUCAUUUUGAAGUUUUUUUCUCGAUUAUUCUUUUUCGCAAAUGUCUUUGUACUACGGCGUUAUUGCCUUUUGUACUGAUUUCAGAAAAAUAAAAAAAUGAGCUUUUGCCACCUCAUUUGCCCCGUUAAACAAUAUUCUCGGCAGUGUAUAAUCUCAUACAAACGUUCAAUUUCCUUGAGUUACCGUAAGCCUAAUUUAUUGCACUUUCCAAAAUAGAUUGACUACAUACCUGCUUUACGAAUCAAGAAACCACAAUUUGGAAAAAUGCAAAACAUUUUUAUUCUCAGCAUAACUUUCUAGUUGUCCACUUUUGCAUACAUUCUUCUGAGCUCCCAAGAAUUUCCAAAAAAAAAUUUUUUGAGGAAACUUGUUCAUUAUCGCCUUGAAAGCUUUUUGCAUGUAAAUAGUUCUUCUUGCACAGAAUCUUAUCAUGGAAAAGCGAUUUCGAAGCAACUGUUCUCUCAAGUAUUCACUUGAGAGAGAAGCCCCGAUAAAAAUCAUUUAUUUGUGAAAAAAGUGGGCAAAAACGGGCGGAGUGUGACGGUAUGUGUGCCUGCCGCGACCCGACUUGCUCGUGUGUUUGUGAAGACGGAAUAUAUCGGGACGACGGCCAGCCUCGCCUUGAACACUCCACGCAGCCAAUCUUCACAUUUCUGUACAUGUUAAAAAGAGAAUCCUUGAGGAGAAGUUCUGAUGUGAGCGAAAUGAUGUGAAAAGGAUAAGCACAUAUAGAUUUUUUCAAAUUUCGGUCGUUCUCAAUCUUACUGACUUUUUUUCUCUUUUGUCUGGUUUUAACCAUAUUUUGAGCUCUAGAAAUUGACUUUCUAUGAGUACAAUGGAGAAAAAGUAGGGUUUAGCCGUCUUCAAAACCCCAAAACUCGUCUGAAAGGUUUAUGGUUGCAGAUUUCUGGUUGAAUCGUCUAAAAAAUAAUUAAGGAAGCUCUGAGAUUUUCCUUGUUUGCAUUUCACUUGUCAAUUUCGUAAAUGCUCAUUUUGUUGAUUUUGCAGUUUCAAAGAGGAAACUUAUCACACAAAGUACAUUUUUUACCGAAUUUUAUGCCAACUCAAACUUUUCACACGCUCCACCGCACGUCCUUUCAAAAAUUCCGUGUGAUUCUGCUGAGUCAUUUCUCAUGCCCUUCUCAUGCUCACUGAGUUCAUGGCUGUUAAAUCUUCCACUUUUUUCAGCUUUUGAAAUUCUGAAGCGGAAUGAAUUUUCAUUCGCUCCGUUUGAAACUUCUAGCAGUCUUUACUGCUAGAAGUCCUUUGUUCGAACAGAUCUCUACAAUUUUUCUCAUUUUGCGUCAUACUCCUUCAAACCAUUUUUUAUUCUAAUCCUGACUUUUUUCAGUAGUUCUCACAUAUAAAGUUGAUAUCUACGGCUUGUAACAAAAUUUAAGUCGACUUUUAGAGAGAAGAGAUUUUGAAAUGGGGACAUCUGUAAUAGAACAUUCACUGAGAAAACUUUUUCAGCUGUGAGAUGAAGCAAACCUGUCAACAAUUGGCAGAAAACUUUUAAAUAAAAAACUUUAUCUGAAUUCGAAAUUGCCCAGAGCCCGUUGUUCAUGAACAACAAUCUUCAAAAGCCCUUCAAGAGGAUUAAAAUGUUCCAAAAUGAAAAAAUUGUGUUAUUCGAUUUUUCACUCGACAGCUGGGUCAAAUCGACUAGAUCAAACCCGAAUUUGCGCCAGGUCAAUUCGCCGCGCGAAGCGGCAAGAUCUCGCGACGCGGCCUAUUCGCAGUACCAAAGUCAAAGCCUUUGCGAGCAACAACGGCGUUGGGAAACACUUCGCAUGGAACUUCUUUUCUGA